UGACAGUAUGGCGGCUGCUGCUGUCACUUCGCGCCUCUCUCCAGUAGACUUUUCACCCGAAAAAAAUACUGAAGAAAAUGAUGCUGGAAAUGAAGACCCUGCUGAUUGUUCCAUCGAUUCAAGCAUCCUCUCCGGCGCUAAGUUUGCUGAAAGCCAAGCGUUUAAGAACAAAAAGGGCAAACACACCACGGUCACUCCGCUGAUCAUUGAUUUCAGACGUUUGCUGCAAAGUUCAAAACUUGGUGAAACUAUCGAUAUAAUACCUGGGGUCCCCAACAAAGAACUUCUCCAUGCAGUUGUUGGUCUGUAUUCUGUAUCUUUGUCUGAAAUGACACCCGAUGUAUUAUAUUCUACAGUAUGUGAAAAAUGGGCAAGAACAAUUGUGCUAAUCAGAGAUAUUAAAGAUGUUCUAGAAGAUUUUGAAAUUAGAAGACAGAAAAAAAGGAGUGAAACAAAUGACCAAAAUCUUUCAAACAAUAAUUCUGAACAAAAAGAAGCAGCUGGUGAUUCUAAAAAGACAGCUUGUUCUAAAGAAAGUGGGAAGAAGAAAGAUAAAUCUGAUAAAGAUGAUGUUGCAGCAAAUGGGGAGAUAGAAAAAGAGGACUCUGAAAAAGAGGAUAUUUAUGAAGUGGAGGAAGAUAAGCCAAGUAUAUUUGCACCUGUGUUCAGUGAUUCAGAAGAUGAGGAGGAAGAGGAAGAAAGUGAUGAAGAGGAGGAAGACUACUCAAAGGGCAUAAAUCAUUUUUUACAACUGGUACAAGAGAGAAAGAAGAUCAGGGACAGUCAUGAAGGAUCAUAUGAUGUGAACCAUGUAGGCAUAGAAAACAGACUAGUAGCAUGUGCAACAUUUGAGAAGAAAUUUUGCAAACCAGGGGAGCGCGUAGUUCACCUAACAUUGGUAGCUGUGCGCCAGAGGUAUAGGAAGCAUGGCAUUGGAAAAUACCUCAUCCAGCAAAUCAAGGACCAGUCAGUUGUGGGCCAGUAUGAUGCAAUAGUGGUCCAUGCUGACAACUCCGCCAUUGAUUUCUUUGAGCGGUAUGGUUUCAGUGAUGAUGUGGUCCUCAACAGCAGAUGGGAUGAGUUUGCAGAGCAGUUCACACAGUGCACAUUGAUGUCUUAUCUUCCACCAUUCACUACUGAAGGAGUCCUUGGCAACAAGAGACCAGAACUGGACAUACUGCUGAUGGAGCUGGAAAUAAAAAAGUGGCGACACAAGAGUUUAGAAGCUUACCAGGCUGAGAUAUCAUGUAUGAACAGACUGAGGAGUGAGAUCAUCCACCUUAGAGCUUUAGUGACAUCUCAGCAAGAUCUCAUAUCAAGUUUGGUCCAAGAAAAUGAAUCCCUCGGACAUGAAAAGUUCAUGCAUGAACGCGAGUUCUUGGAGUACCGUCUUGCAGUAGCCAAGGCAGCUGUCAGCAAAGCAUCAGAUGACAACUCAGGUGACGAAGGCGACAUCUCUGUAGACCAACUGAUAGCAGACAUGGAGAAGGAACUGCAGUUCAGAAAUCUGAUGGACAGAAAGGAGUCUGAUGCAUUUGAUGGAGGAUUUGACUCAUCUCGGUAUGUAGUGACACCAGAGGGAGGCACCAAUGAGCCCUAUGACCAUGGCAGAGACAUUGCAGAGUUUCACAGACUGACAGAAGACUUCAAAGCAGGGAUAGGGAAAGAUAAAGACAUGCCAGGAAAGUGUGAGGUUACAAUGAUUUCCAAGACUUUCCUCACUCAGAAUGUCCAUGAGAGGUAUGAAAUGAGACUGCAGCAUUUAAAGGACCCCACAUUUAAAAUGAGACUGUAUUUCUGUGGCAGUUUGGAGCACCCAGAAAGAAUUCAAGAGAUAAUGAAGAAUGGUUUCUCAGAAGAAGAUUUUUCUCAUGGUGAAUAUGGCCGAGGUCUGUAUUUCUCUCAGUUCCCAUCAAAAGCAGCUCAGUUUUCAGCACUUGGCAAGAUGAUACUUGCUGAAGUCGCAUUGGGAAAGACAGAGAGUGUCCUAAAGAAAGAUAGAGCCAGGGUAUUUCCUCCCAGAGGGUUUGAUUCCAUAGUGGUCCCAGGCAGACUAGCACCAAGUGAGGGAGCACCCCUUUCUGGCACCCCCAGUCUCAACCAAGAAUAUGUUAUCUUUGAUGCAAAUCAGGCAGUACCACUGAAUAUGAUAGAGUUCACAACCACAGCAUAGACAUAGGCAGACUUGGGCAGUACCAUUAAAUAUUAUUAGAGUUUACAUAGAUGAACUCAGGCACUACCACUGAGUAUGAUAGAGUUCACAACCACAGCAUAGACAUAGACUUGGACAGUUCCACUGAAAAUUAUAAGAGUUUAUAACCUUAGCAUAGACAUGGAUGAACUCAGGCACUACCACUGAACAUGAUUAGAGUUUACAACCACAGCAUAGACAUAGAAAGAAUCAGGUACAUAGAAUAUAAGUGUUGUUGUUAGAGAGAAUAUUUAAGACCUUCAUACAUCUAUUGUAUGUGAAAAAAAAAUUGAAAAGGAGCAAUGGGUACAUGAAGAAACCUUGCCUCUUUUUGUAUAUUCGAUUAGUCAUGUAAUACACAAUUUUAUGAUUAACAGAGGAAUUUUGUUAAUUAAAUGUUGUAAUGUUUUCUAACACUAUUUACAUUGAUAGUUGAAAAUUAUGUAAAUACAGUGUACAAGUGUUAAUGUUUAUGAUUAAAAUACAAAAACACCUGUCCUUUUAACAUACAAGUGGCUUAGGACAAUGCAACACUUUUAUUAUUUGUUGAAAUACGUAGGUUUAUAACAAUGAUGAAAAAGUAAUGCCUCAUAGUCCUAGCUUAAAAACAUUUUGUUUUAUUGAUAGAAAACACAUUUAGUCUCUUUAAAACCAAUUUACUUUUUUGCCAAUUUUAUUAUUAUUGUUAUAUGUAUAUAUUAAAUUUUAAUGGUAAGUGUAAGUACAGAUGCUUUUUGGAUGUUGUGCUGUUAUAAAUGGGAUGAAAGCUAACUGUCCUGAACAAAACGCUCAUUUUUUUCUUACAAGAGUAAAUUUUGUUGAUGUUAGAUGAUCUUUAACCAAGGACAAAAUUUAAUAUGUACAUGUGUGUGCGUGUGUUGAUUAAACACUGAAUAGA